AUGGAGCGUAAUCACAUGCUUCCGAGCGAUCGUGAGACCGAGUCUCGCCAUCCCCUCGGACCACCACCUGCUCGACCUUCACCUUCUCUAAUGGCACUAUCCCCUCCAGCUUAUUCGAAUCUCGCGUUGCCCAGCCCAAGGGAUUUUCCAGAUGUCCCUGCAACGGACCCAUCGACCUUUUUACCCCCUCUAGCUCGUGUUGGAGCCGACAACGACAUCAAAUUACCUUCGAUAAGCUCUCUCCGAAGUGAAAUGGCCCUUGAACCGCCAAGGACAUGGGGUCCUCUGCCUCCAAUGCCCCCGAAUCAUGCGAUGCCUAUGGGACUUCCAUCUAUCGAUAGUCCCACUCGAAUGGAUCUUGAUGCGAGCAGCAACAGUGUUAUCAGUGCUGCAUCGCCCGAUCGACUUUUGGAUGCGAGAGCUGGAAGCGUCAGUCUUGAUGACCCCGAUGUGCGACUUGCAGCAGAAGCGCUCGGGGAUUUGAGAGCAGGUGUUAAGAAACGUCGCAAGGUGGACAGCGAGGACGAAGCAGUCAGCAACAAACGAUUCGAAAGCGAAGGAAUGCAGCAAAUUUCUGAUGAACAACUUGAUGACGCCUUUUCGCCAUCUUCCAGGACUCUUUCUCGUCGCAUGUCAACCACAAGUACUGUUGAUACCCUUCCUGCAUACGAUGAAAUGCGAUCCCCGGCAUAUACCGAGACAGAUGCCCAGGAUUCUCCUCGAUCAACUCCUCGGCCCAACAGUGCAUGGCAGUCACGUCUUAUUAUGUCGACUUCCGGCCUGAGUGUAGCCAUGAGUGAUGAGAGUCUACGCAGUCUCAAAUAUUGUCUUCAAUGGCUUCGAUGGGCCAAUGACCACAUUUCUCGUGUCAUCAUGGCAUUGAAGACAACUCUGGAACAGUAUGAAAAGGUUCAGCCACAAGAAGGAUCCGAGAAACAAAUCGGCCAAGGGUCUGAGACAGAAUCUCGAACUCUACUUGCAGCCCGUAUUUCGAGUCUCAAGAGUGACGUUCUCAAGACUCUUCGUGAUGCUAUCAACACUGUUUCAAAAUAUGCAGGAGGCGCAUUGCCUGAAAACGCACGAAUUCUUGUGCGACGUCAUCUCACCAGUUUGCCCCAACGAUUCCGCAUUGCUACCAUGUCGGACAGAAACCCCAACAGUCAACAAGACAGCGAGUCUGUCCUGACUGAAAGUGCACAAAAGGUUUUGGUUUUGGCCAAGGAGGGUUUGGACAUGGUUGUCCAAGUCAGUGGUGUUGUUGACGGAACAAUCGUCAGCGCUGAACAGUGGCUUGACCGCAUGGGCUCCAAGCGACGGGCUCCAGAUGAAAAGCCAGUGUUGCCUCAAACAGAGUCCAACGGCGAUGUCAAGAUGGGUUGA